CAGUGCCUAUAGAUGCAUGAUAUAUAUAGCACGUAUUUAUGCAUAAUGUCUGAAGUAUAAAUUUAGGGUUCUUGAAACUUUUAUAAUGAACAUAAAUUUGUUGAUGCAGUUUUCAUCGUUAAUAUUCCUUUUGGGUAUCAUUUGCAAAUGUAGUUCAUUACAGGUGAUAGAUCUAACUUGGCCUUUUGAUAACCAAACGAUAUUUUGGAGCAAAUCGCAGCAACGAUUUAGUUACACCAAGCAAGUAGCUGAAGAAAGAAAUGGUUACUGGUAUUCAGUGAAUGACUUCUGUAGCGGAGAACAUGUUGGCACCCAUUUUGAUGCGCCUUACCAUUUUUAUGAGACCGGCUGGAAAAUUGGGGAUGUACCUCCACACAGGUUAAUUGCUAAAGGUGCUUUCAUAGACCUCCAAGAUAAAACAGCUAAGCUUGGACAAGCCACAAUGCUAGAAGUUGCCGACUUGGAACGAUGGGAGAAGGAGCAUGGGAGCUUUGAGAACGAAACAGUCUUAUUAGUAAAAUUUGGAUGGUCAAAAUACUGGUACAACAGAACAUUAUACAUGGGCUUAGAAGGUGACAGCUUCAAUUUUCCAGGAAUAUCUGAAGAAGCAGCUGAGUAUUUGGUCAACUCUGGAAAAUUUUAUGGAAUUGGUGUCGAUACCGCUAGUGUAGAUCCAGGUAGCAGCACAACUUUUAGAGCACACGUCAUUUUUUCCAAAAAUCAAAUGUACAAUUUAGAAAAUGUCAAGAUAACUGAAACGUUACCUGCCAAGGGAUUCACACUGCUAGCACUACCAAUGAAAUUGAAAGAUGGUACUGGAGCUUCGGUCAGAAUCUUAGCUUUACCUGAUCAGAAAUUAUGGUAGUUUCUGUGCAUUAUAAAAAAUAUGGAAAUAUAAACUUUCAGGCCCAACGAACAAUGCAAUUGUUCAUUUUCUGAAGAGGAUGCUUUAGACCAUGAUGACCGACUAAACCUAAUCUUGAAAAAACCAAACUGGAAUGAAAGUGCCAGCUAGGUUCGUCGAAUAGGCAUAUGCAAAGGGGUCAUUGGCGGAGGGAUCAACCUCCCUAACUAAUAGGCUACCUGACUCAUAUUUAGUUUUAUA